ACUUGUUUACACCGUGACAUGAAAUCAAGACAUCUCAGAGACUCUUCAUAAAGCACGCAGCAGCAACUGCUGUACAGAUAAAGGAGAAGAUCCACAUACAUCACAUUCAACGUAUAAUUAUUGAUAUCCUGUAGAAAGGUGCAAAAUGGCGGCAGCAAUGGCUUCUUCAUUGACAACAAAAGACAACCUGGAGGACUUCAGUGCUUAUGCACACUUGUCUGAAGAUCAGCUGUUGCAGUUAGCUAUUGAACGAAGUCUAGCUAAUACAAAUGUAACUCCAUGGCAGAAUCGACAAGUGCAUGCCCACACACAGCCAGCUACACAACAACCGCCAUGCAACCCUAACUCGGCAAACCCUCCCAGUGAGAAUAUCUGUGCGAAAAUUGACAGAAAUGUUCACAAUCAUUUCUUCAGUAAAGACCAAGAAAAGGUGAUUGCCUGGACAAGGCACAAUGGACACCUGCAGGUCACAGUAGAGACUGUGAAUGAUUUAGACCCUUUUCUCUCGGCCAUUUGGAGAGGGGAUGCAAACGCUCUACAAGAGAUCAUUCAUUUAAAAUCUAAAAAUCUUGAUGAACCCAAUAAAGACGGCUGGUUACCGCUUCAUGAGUCUGCAUACUAUGGCCAUGUGGAGUGCCUUAAGAUUUUGCUCAAAGCCAAACCAGAUGCAAUCAACAAACAAACAAACAGAAGUCAAACACCGCUCAUGCUGGCUGUGGGUCGCAAACAUGUUUCUUGUGUCAAGCACCUCUUAGAGGAAAAAGCUGAUCCUAACCUUGCAAACAACCAGUGGGAGACGCCACUGUACAAAGCAUGUGAGAAAGCUAAUGAAGAGAUAGUGGAGCUUCUUUUGAAAUUUGGAGCUACACCAAGAAAAGCCUGUGUUCAAGGUGGGACUCCACUACAUGAAGCAGUGAGGAACAAAAAGUUAAAGAUCUGUAAGAUGUUGAUAAAUGCAGGGGCAAAGCUGUGGGCCAGAAAUGUGUAUGGCAUUGACGCUCUGUUUACAGCUGCUCAGUGUAAUGCUGUUGAUGAGCUUAACUACCUAAUAUAUAAAGGCGGUAAUGUAAAUACCCAGGCAAAUGAUGAUGCAACCGCAUUGUUUGAGGCCUCUAAGAAUGGUCAUGCUGAAGUUGUUGAGAUACUCUUGUCAAAACGAGCUGAUGUUAACAAAGCCAACAAAACUGGAUUACUUCCUAUUCAUGUUGCGGCAAAGAAUGGUCAUGACAGCAUUGUUGCCAUGCUAAUCCCCAGAACUAACACGGUCAAAGUGAGACACACCGGCAUCAGUCCUCUUCAUUUGGCUGCAGAACGUAACAGAGAUGAUGUUUUAGAAACAUUAAUUGAGGCGGGAUAUGACGUCAAUGCAAAGCUGUCAGAUGAUUGGUCAAAUAUGUAUGAAGAUCAUCGCACUACAGCUCUGUACUCAGCUGUGAUAAACGGAAACACUGAGGCAGCUGCUAUGCUGUUAGAAGCAGGUGCUGAUCCAAACCUGGAUAUCUUCAACCCCCUGCUGGUGGCUGUAAGGAUAGCAAGUAUGGAAAUGGUAACCUUACUGGUGAAGCAUGGUGCUAAUGUCAAUGCCCUGCUGCCAACUCAUCCAACCAGCUUCCCAGCAGUAUUGGUUUUCUGUAUGAAGUACAAAGUGAUGAUGAAGUACCUGCUGGACAAUGGCUGCGAUGCACUAUCAUGUUUUAACUGUCAAUAUGGCAGUAAUCCUCAUCCCCCCAUUAAACCAAGACGAAAUGGACAAGAAACAAUGUAUUUUUUAAAUGAUGAACAAUCAGGAUACUGUGUAGAGUUUUGUGAGAUCAUCUCUACUCCUUCAGGCAGCAGCUGGGUGGGACCCAUCAUAGACACAUUACUUGACUAUGUGGGUCAUGUUAAACUCUGCUCUCGAAUAACUGAACUUCUAGACAGCAACAAAGAUUGGGCACAUAUUAAAGAAAGAUCAGUUCUUCCUUGCACACUGAUGCAUCUGUGCAGACUCAAGAUUCGUCAACGACUGGGCAUCCACAGACUGUGGCAAAUCAGUGCUCUUCCUCUACCAGGAAGACUGCUCAAGUUUUUGAGUUAUGAACGGGAAUCAUUUGAAGAUGAACAGCAUGCAAUUCUUAAUUGUUUACCGAACAUGCUGCUUUAAAUUAUUUUGUUACGGAUAUAGUGUAAUUAAUUUUAAAUUUAAAAGCUUGAGAUCUGAAAAUCAUUUAGCAUAAUUAUUUUCUGUUCGUAUCGGUAAUUAUUCUCAAUACAUGUAAAUAAAGUAAUAUUCAAAUGUAUAUAGUAUACACAGAGUAUA